UAACCAGCUUCAUCUUCAUUCACUACUCAUUCUAGUUGCAAAAUAACAACUCUAUAAAAUAACAUCUUUUUUCGUUUGCCCUUCAUAAAACAGUUGUGUUACUGCUUCUUAAUUAUUCGCUUCUUAGCUCUAGUUAAGAACAAUAAACUCCCACUACACUAGUGCAUUUCCUUUCUCUUAUAGUUACUACACAUAGGAAUUCAUUGCUUAUUGCCUUUGGUGGACAACAACGCCAGCUAAUUAUAACUCCAGCUGCCAAGCACUAUGUUGGAGGGACAUCAACUUUUGGGGUUUGGGUUCUUUGUAAUUGGUCUAUGGCACUUGUUCAACCACACCAAGCUCCAUGCACUUGGUUCCAAGUCCUACACAUCAACCCUAUGGUUUCCCACCACAAUAUCAAGAUACAUGGAGCUCCACUUCAUCAUGGCAAGCUGCACAAUCUUCAUUGCCAUGGAACUCUUCAUCGCUCCCAUUCACCACCAACCCUUCGACCCCGAUGGAACCAUUCCCACCACUCAUCUCCACAACUUCGAACACUCCUCCAUGGCCAUGUCCUUCCUGGUCUACGCCAUCUUCGCCAUAGUUCUUGACAUGAAGUGCACCAUGGCACAACACGAGCUAACUCAUUUUCUAGGAGCCAUAGCUUUCACUCAACAGUUUCUCCUCAUCCACCUUCACUCUAGAGACCACGUGGGACCAGAAGGCCAAUACCACCUUUUGUUGCAACUUUUGAUCACUGUUUCUUUGGCUACGACCCUCAUGGGAAUUGGCUUUCCUAAGAGCUUCUUGGUAUGCUUCGUGCGUUCUGUGAGCAUAGUGUUCCAAGGUGUGUGGCUUAUGAUAAUGGGGUUUCUGCUUUGGACGCCAGGGUUUCAACCCAAAGGUUGCUUCAUGCACCUUGAGGAGACUGAGGAAUAUGUGGUGAAAUGCAGUGAUGAUGAGGCACUUCAUCGUGCUGUUUCAUUGGUGAACAUUCUAUUCAGCUUCUUGGUGAUUGGAGUCACCGUUUUUGCAAUGUCUUUCUACUUGGUUAUGUUGAGGAGAUAUGGUGGAAAAGUGGAGUAUGUUUCGCUGGUAAAGGAGGAACACUACCGGGAAGAAGAUGGCUUUGUGAAACCCAAAGGCACUAUCGAUCUGGAAAAUAACAUGGACGACGAUGAAUCGCAAAAGAAAAGCAUGCAAGAGUAGAUUUAAAGCACCUUGUAAAACGUAAAGGCACUGUCGGAGUAAACUCUUUGUUAUAAUUAUUAAGAUAAUUAUUAUGAAAAUUAAAAAAAAAUACAUAUUGUACACCAUAGUUUGUAAUUAGAUGGGAUAAAAAUUAAAUUUAUCUUUCU